CAACGCAACCAAAUUAAAAGUUCAAAAGAAGAACCUACGCGACCAUUUUAAAAUUCGCGCUCUAGAGCGGUACAUGGUCAAUACUAAACGACAUUUGAAUGUCUUCAAUGAACGAGUGGAAAAGUGCAUCAAAGAAAACGAUGGCGUUUUUCCCGAUGUGAAGGACAUGAUUUCUCCAUUUGUUCUUGACGUCCUUGGAGAAAAUCUUUUCAGCACUGAAUUCAACUCACAGAAAGUGGGCGAGCCAAAGUUUGUGCAAAUGGUGCACACUCUACUUGAGAUCUCAUACCGGGCUUUUCUUCACCCGUGGACGUACUUCUUUUCAAAUGCACCACUGCGUUAUCUGGUCAACUUUGCCACCAUCAAGAAUGCCUUUAGGCCAAUACUGUACUUUAAGAAAAGUUGCAUCAAGGUGGUCAAAGAUCGAUAUGCAAUGAUGGUGAGUGAACAGAAGUUGGCUGAUGAUGAUGAAGCGCCAGCGAAGAAAGCGGAAAAAUCAGCAGCCAACACGUCACUGCUCGAUAUGAUGAUUGCUGAACGAGUGGUGCAGUCAAAGCUGACACGAGUGAGCGAGAUUGACCGACAGAUUAGCACCUUUGUCAUUGCUGGUCACGACACAACAACCAGCUCGUUAACAUGGUCACUGUACCUGCUCGGUCACCACCAGGAGGUGCAGACAAAACUUCGCCAAGAGAUUGACGCAUUCACCGACGAGCUUCGAGCUUCUAGUGAAAGCCUCACUUUGCUGAACAUCAAGAAGCUCAAGUACCUGGAUUGUGUUAUCAAGGAAUCACUGCGUCUCUACCCCAGUGGGCCUUUUAUUGGCCGACGAGGUCGUCAGCCAGUGGCCAUCAACGAUCAGGUGACACUGCCGGCAAACAUCAACGUCAUCAUCUUCAUCAACUACAUGCACACACGGGAGGAGUACUUCAGACAGCCACAUCGCUUCUACCCAGAGAGGUUUCUCCCGGAGAAACAACUCGAGGACGCUGAUCCACUGAGGCAGCAGUCACAAGACGGUAGUGUCUGGGCAAACAAUUCGGCGCUGAUGCCUUUCUCCGCCGGUCUGAGGGUCUGCAUUGGAAAAGAGUACGGCAUUGUCCAGCAGAAACUCUUCCUCAUCAACCUCCUCAGCAAGUACACCUUCAAGGCGAUGGACACCUUUGGAGAGGCAAAACCAAAACGUUUCUUUCUCCUUUCUUCGGCGCACUUUCCCAUCAAAUUUCAACCGCGCAGUGACAUCCGUCCACAGGUGGUUGUGCUUAAUGGAAACGGCACCAGCAAGGCUGGUGAGGUGGCCUGA